AUGGUCCUUCAACCUUUGUUUCUGACCUGCCUUUUUCUGAUCAUCUUUACAUCCUGUGAUUUCACCGUUGAAACCAUUCAUUUGAGAAGUUAUCCUUGCGAUGAGAAAAUCCUCAAUGAUUCCAUUAUAGCAGACUGCAACAAUCGCCAGCUGAAACAGGUUCCCCAAACCGUGGGUAACUAUGUGACAGAACUGGACCUAUCUGAGAAUUUCAUCACACACAUCACCAAUACCUCAUUCCUACACCUACCGAAUCUAACAAAGAUCAACCUCAACCACAACACCAAGUUCCAGAGGCAAAAGGACUCCAAGAUGACCAAGCAAGGCAUGGAUAUUAUGAAAGAUGCAUUCCUCAACUUAAAGCUCCAGGAGCUGUGGCUGGAGGAUAAUCUACUCGAACAAAUACCAGCAACUUUGCCGGACUCCUUGAAGCAACUGCGACUUACUCAAAACAAUAUUGUCUCAGUAACAGAAAAUAACACUCUGGGACUGGCUAAUCUGGAAGUUCUCUUUUUGGACUGGAACUGCUAUUUUGGCAACACCUGUAAUAAGACAUUGAACAUCCAAAUGGCCUUUCAACAUCUUAAGAAACUGAAGGUGCUCUCCUUGUCUUUCAACAACCUUCACCAAGUACCCCCAAAACUUCCUAGAUCCCUCAGAGAACUUUAUCUCAGCAACACCAACAUCCACACCAUCAAUCAAACAGAUUUCAAGAAAUUGGUCAAUUUGAGAGUAUUGGAUCUCAGUGGGAACUGUCCAAGGUGUUACAACGCCCCAUUUCCAUGUAAUCCCUGUGACAAUGGUGCAUCCAUUGAUAUACAUCCUCUGGCUUUUCAAACCCUGAACAAACUCCACUACCUAAACCUCUCCAGCACAUCCCUCCGCAACAUUCCUGCCAGAUGGUUUGAAAAUAUGACUCAGCUGAAAGUGCUCCAUCUAGAAUUCAACUAUUUAGUGACAGAAAUUGCCUCAGGAGAAUUUUUCACCAAACUGCCUAAUUUAGAAAUUCUUGAUUUAUCCUUUAACUAUCAACAUCCAGACUAUCCCAAAUAUGUUAACAUUUCCCCAAACUUCUCUCACCUUAAAGCCCUCCAGAUAUUGCACCUCCGAGGUUAUGUCUUCCAAGAACUCAGAAAACAGGAUUUCCAGCCCCUAAUGAAUCUCCACAAUUUAAAGACUAUCAACUUGGGCAUUAACUUUAUCAAGCAGAUUGAUUUUACUAUUUUCCAAAAUUUCUCCAACAUGACCAUCAUUUACUUAUCAGAAAACAGAAUAUCACCUUUGGUAAAUGAAAUCCAGCAAACGGAUGCCAACAACAUUUCUUUUCAUAGUCACAUCCGAAAGCCACGCUCUACAGAUACUGAGUUUGAUCCUCAUUCCAAUUUUUAUCAUAACACUCAUCCUUUAAUAAAGCCACAGUGCUCAGCUUAUGGCAAAGCCUUAGAUCUGAGCUUAAACAGUAUUUUCUUCAUUGGGGAUAAGCAAUUCGAAGCUUUUAAAGACAUUGCCUGCUUAAAUCUGUCUUCAAAUGCCAAUGGUCAAGUGCUUCAUGGGACUGAAUUUUCAGCUGUGCCUCAUAUCAAGUAUUUGGAUCUGACAAACAAUUGGCUGGAUUUUGCCGAUGACAAUGCACUCCAUGAACUCACGGAGUUAGAAGUCCUAGAUCUCAGCUCCAAUUCGCAUUAUUUCCAGAUAGCAGGAGUGACACACUGUCUAGGCUUCAUCCAGAAUCUAACACAGCUAAAAGUUUUAAACUUGAGCCACAACAAUAUUUACACCCUGACAGAGUUCCAGCUCAAAAGUGCAUCCCUGGAAGAAUUAGUGUUCAGUGACAACCGCCUAGACCUUUUGUGGAAUGCAGAUGACAGCAGGUACAGGCAAAUUUUCCAGCAUUUGGAAAACCUAACAAGGUUGGAUUUAUCUUUAAAUAAACUUCAGCGUAUCCCAGAUGACGUGUUCGGUUACCUUUCCCCCCACCUCACCCAACUUUAUUUAAAUGACAACAGGUUAAAUUUCUUUAAUUGGACGCUACUCCAGAAUUUUCUUCAUCUCCGUUUGCUUGACUUAAGUAGAAAUGAGCUUUUCUUACCCAGCAGCCAAUCGAAAUGCACAUCGUCUCUUCAGACACUGCUCCUGAGUCAAAACAGGAUUUCCCAACUGCCCUCCAGCUUUCUUGCUGAAGCUGGCAAUCUGACACACCUUGAUUUAAGUGACAACUUGCUCAAGAUGAUCAACAAAUCUACACUCCAAACUCAAGAUGGUGUGAAGUUAGAGGUUUUGGAGCUCGGUGGAAAUCCUUUUGACUGUACCUGUGACAUUGGUGAUUUCUUAAUGUGGAUUGAUGAAAACCAGAAGGUAAAAAUUCCUAGGUUGGCAACUGUCAUCUGUGCCAGUCCUGGGGAUCAAAGUGGAGAGAGUAUUAUGAGUCUUGAUCUCACUACCUGUGUUUCAGACACCAUGGCAGCCACGCUCUCUAUCUUCACAUCUUUCAUCACCAUUGCGGUGAUGAUGGCUGCCCUGGGUCAUCACUGGUUUUAUUGGGAUGUCUGGUUCAUCUAUCACAUGUGCUCGGCAAAGAUGAAAGGCUAUUGGUCUCUUUCCACAUCCCAGACUUUCUAUGAUGCUUAUGUUUCAUAUGAUACCAAAGACGCUUCUGUAACUGACUGGGUUAUCAAUGAGUUGCGCUUCCACCUUGAAGAGAGUGAAGAGAAGAGUGUGCUCCUCUGUUUGGAGGAGAGGGACUGGGACCCAGGGUUAGCCAACAUUGAUAAUGUCAUGCAGAGCAUUUACCAAAGCAAGAAAACGAUCUUUGUCUUAACCAAAAACUAUGCAAGAAACUGGAACUUUAAGACAGCAUUCUACCUGGCCUUGCAGAGGCUCAUGGAUGAGAAUUUAGAUGUGAUUGUUUUUAUCUUGCUGGAGCCUGUGCUUCAGCAUUGUCAGUAUCUGAGGCUGAGGCAACGUAUCUGCAAGAGCUCCAUUCUCCAAUGGCCUGACAACCCCAAGGCGGAAGGCCUGUUUUGGCAAAGUCUGAAAAAUGUAGUCUUAACAGAAAAUGAUUCUCGGUACAACAAUUUGUAUGUGAAUUCCAUUAAACAAUAUUAA